UACGUAAGUCUUCACUAAAUCUUUUCCAACUUUUUCAGUGCUUAUUAGCAUUCUUUAUACACAGUUUUUCUCAUGCUCUUGUGCUAAGUGCUAAAUCAUAUGUUCUUAUGCAUAAGUAUUUGAUUUUGUUUUUCUUGUCAGGCAUCAUGAUUUCUAGAUUACUCUUCAUAUUCUUUGCCCUUGUGGUGACAAAUUCAAUGUCUAUGAUGGUUCAAAAGACCUACAUUGUUCACAUGGACAGAACCAAAAUUAGAGCCUCAAUUCAUUCUCAAGACAUCACAAAACCAUGGUUUGAAUCAGUCAUUGAUUCCAUUUCUGAAUCUUCAACACAAGAAGAACAAGAACAAGAGAUUCUACCUCCCCGGCUUCUUUAUGUAUAUGAAACCAACAUGUUUGGUUUCGCGGUGUGCCUUUCGCAGAAACAACUCGAAUCCUUGAGCAAAGUCGAUGGCUUCCUUUCAGCAUUACCUGAUGAACUAUUAACCCUUCACACAACACACACUCCAAAUUUUCUUGGCCUAAAGAAUGGAAUAGGCCUUUGGAGUGCUCAAAAUUUGGCCUCAGAUGUAAUAAUUGGCAUCAUCGAUUCGGGGAUUUGGCCGGAACACAUCAGUUUCAAAGAUUCAGGGUUGUCCUCUGUACCUUCUCAUUGGAAAGGUAUUUGUGAACAGGGCACAAAAUUCUCUGCUUCAAAUUGCAACAAGAAACUCAUUGGUGCAAGGACUUAUCUCAAAGGGUACGAAAAAUCCGUCGGGAAGAUCAACGACACGGCGGAUUAUCGUUCCCCUCGAGACUCCAUAGGGCACGGAACACACACUGCUUCGACCGCAGCCGGUAGCUUGGUGAAGAAUGCAAGCUUCUAUGGCCUUGCUAGUGGCUCAGCAAGUGGAAUGAGGAAAACUUCAAGAAUUGCAGCCUAUAAAGCUUGUUGGCCUGCUGGAUGUGUUAAUUCGGACAUACUCGCCGCCAUGGACCAAGCAGUUUCCGAUGGAGUUGAUGUGUUAUCACUCUCUUUAGGUGGAUUUCCCAAACCUUACUAUGGUGAUAGCAUCGCCAUAGCCUCGUUUGGUGCAGCGAAAAACGGUGUUUUUGUUUCUUGCUCUGCAGGUAAUUAUGGACCUCACCCGUCUACGGUUGGAAAUAGCGCGCCAUGGAUCAUGACAGUUGCAGCCAGCUACACUGACAGAACGUUUCCGACGAAAGUAAGGCUCGGCCGCGGAGAAGUUUUCCGAGGAUCUUCGCUGUACCAUGGAAGAAAAACAAGUCAAUUGCCUCUUGUUUAUGCAAAAUCAGCAGGUGCUAAUAAAGAAGCACAAUACUGCACAGAAAAUUCACUUGAUCAAAAUCUUGUUAAGGGGAAAAUUGUUGCUUGUGAGAAAGGACUAAACAGCAGAACUGAGAAGGGAAUGGUGGUUAAAAUGGCCGGUGGUGCCGGAAUGAUACUACUCAACUCAGAGAGCCAAGGAGGUGAGCUUCUUGCUGAUCCUCACAUAUUGCCAGCAACUUCAUUAGGUGCCUCAGAAAGUAGCAUUGUUAGAAACUAUAUCCGAACUUCGAAAAAUACACCAACGGCCUCAAUUUCCUUCCUAGGGACAAAAUAUGGCGAGCCUGCGCCGGCUAUGGCGGCGUUUUCUUCUAGAGGGCCAAACUAUUUUGGACUUGAUGUGAUUAAACCGGAUGUUACUGCUCCCGGUGUGAACAUUUUGGCGGCGUGGCCGGCGAAAGUUAGCCCAAGUUUGCUGAAAAGUGACAAAAGAAGUGUUAUGUUUAACAUUAUUUCAGGCACUUCAAUGUCAUGUCCUCAUGUUAGUGGCAUAGCUGCAUUGAUCAAAUCUGUUCAUAAAGAUUGGUCUCCUGCAGCCAUAAAAUCUGCAUUGAUGACUACUGCAUACAUAUUGAACAAUAAAGGCGAUCCGAUCAGGGAUGCCGGAUCGAAUAAUUCGGCUUCUGCUACUCCUUUUGCUUUUGGUUCUGGCCAUGUUAACCCAGAAAGUGCAUCUGAUCCAGGUUUAGUAUAUGAUAUAAACACACAAGAUUAUUUAAAUUACUUGUGUAGCCUUAACUAUACAGAUUCUGAGAUUGCUUUGGUAUCAAGAGAGAAUUUUGUGUGUCCUAAAAACUCAGUUCUUCAAGCUGGUGACUUGAAUUACCCUUCAUUUUCUGUUCUAUUUGAUAGAGUGGGACAAAAUUCUAGUGUGACAUACAAGAGAGUUGUCACAAAUGUUGCAAAAUCACAAAGUGCUAAUUAUGUGGUUAAUGUUGAACAGCCAAGGGGAGUUUCAGUUACUGUUGAACCAAGGAAACUGAAAUUUGAGAAAAUGGGACAGAAAUUGAGCUAUAGUGUGACAUUUUCUUCAAUUGGAAAAAGAUUAAGAGAUGCUGGUUCCAAUUCAUUUGGGUCACUGACUUGGGUUUCUGGAAAAUAUUACAAGGUUAGAAGUCCUAUUGCUGUAACAUGGCAAUAGAAAAUUUGAGAAGAGGAUUUAGGGAACUUCACUUGAUUGGAUGAAUCCAUCACAUUAUUGGUGUUGAAAAUAACAUGCUAUUAGUUUAGCAUCAU